AUGAUGAAAUACUUGCUGAAUGCUGCUGGCGGCGCGAACAAAGACCUUCUCUUUCCCCAGAUGGGCAAGAAGACGAUGAGCGAUCAGCAGCAGCAGAGUGACGAAAUUUCUGUAGCUGACGAUACCAAGGACCUCACCAUCGAUACUCAAGUUACUCUCCCUCCGAUCGCCAGGCUCGCUUCCCUCCGACCCCUCCCUGCACAUUCCUCUUCCCCCAGUCCUCCGAUUUCCCGCUCCUCCUCAGCCCCUCAGCCCCAGGACGACACCGAGCUCCUUCGAUCCCGCAUCCAGGCCGUCUUCCUCACCUACCGGUCUCCCAACACUACCCCCAAGCAGUACGUCAGCCAUGCUCAGCUCCUCGAGUCCUUCAAGGACCUCGCCGAUACUGUCAGCGGCCCCAACGCCUUCAGCGUCGCCUCCACCUCCUGCUCCUGCCAUCGCCCUCACUCUCACUCCCCCAGCUUCCCGUCAACCAGCAGCAUCCCGUCGGGCGAGCACGGGUCGGCCAAGAACAAGCCCCGCCCGGUGCACAACACGGCUGCGAGGGCUCAGGGGAGGUGCGAGUGCGAGGGAGUGCACGGGGUGGUGGAAAUGCGGAGCAAGAGAGGCUCGCGGCCCCCGGAGAAGGUCAGGUGCUCCAUCCAGUCCAGCUCGGGCAAGAUGAUCCUCUCCAUCUUCGGCGGCAGCGACUACGGGACGGAGGUAGGCUUCAUCCGGCUGGAGGAGUCGUACGUGGCGACGUACGGGGAGAAGCCUCUGACGUUUGCGGUGGGGCUGAGGUCGAGGAGGGAGUGCUUCGAGGAGAGCGAGAUCCACUUCUCUUGCCACACGAGCGUGUCGCGAGACAAGUGGGUAGGGGCGCUGAUCCAGGGAGGGAGCAAGAGCAAGUGGAUGUUAGAUAGGGUCCACGAGCACGAGGAGGGGAUGUAUAAGGAAUAG